AUUUAAUUUAUUUGUGCUUUAUCCCUUAUAUAUAUAUGUACAUUUCAUUAAAGCUAAUGGUAUAAUUUGGUAUUUACAGUGUUUAGCUAAGGCUUUCAUCUGAAAUAUUUAUUAAUUAUGUCUAGUUGACCUGUUUUUAGUUUUUUGUAUAACAAUAUUUAUUAUUUAUUAAGGAAAACAAGGGAGAAGAAAAACCUUAAUUGACUUACAACUAACUUAAAAAACUAAGACUUGAAACAAAAGAUUGUUAAUAUUGUAUUUUUUGUUGAACUUUUUGUACACCUACUUUUAUAUGUAGGUACUUAGUGUUUGUGUAAUAAGGUAAGUUCAUUAUUAAUUUUAACAGCUUGUUUUGGCAUAUUUGAAGUUUUUUGAUAUGAGUUUGAGCACAUCUACCCCAAACAGGUGACCCAUACAUUAAUAUUGGAUUAAAAAUUGUUUUAAAAAUUAUGAUCUUAUUGGAUAUUGAUAAUUUAGAUUUACGAUUUAUUAGAGGGUACAGUGUGCAAAUAAUUUUAUUAACUUUCAUAAUUGUGUUGUUGAUGUGGUAUUUAAAUGUUAGUUUUUUAUCAAAAAUUAUACCCAAAUAUCGAAUGUUGUCAACCCAUUGUAUUGGAGAGUCUAGUAUUCGCAACUGUCUAUCAGGAAGAUAACGAGGUUUCCUUCUUUUUGUAAAAAAUAUAGCAUUCGUUUUAUUAGGGUUAAUUUUAAUUUUCCAUUUUUUGUAAUUAAUUUACUGAAAUAUCUAUUAUUCGAUUUAUAACACAAAAUGCUUUGCUUGAAUUGAUGCUUGUUAUUUGUAAGCCAAAUAAUAUAACAAUCGUUCAAAUCUAUCGGCUAGCAGCCCUGACUAUGUAAAUGGUUUCGUAGCAAACGGCUUUUGCCUGGUACUGUAAGAGUUUUUGUGGACAUUGCAAAAUGUUUAAAACCACACGUUUAUAUAAAAUUAUAAAUAAAAAUGUGGUUAUCACAUGUUCGAGGCGGCAGAAUACGGCCGCUGAAGUGGGACAGAGCUUCCGGCAGAGGGCGUGGCUGCUCGCCAGAGAGCGGUAUAAGGAUCACGAGCACGUUCAUUACAGCUCCGUUCUGGAGACCAAUAUAAAACCCUCUUUUUCGAUUCCUGAGGCACAACAGCAUUUGCCCGACGACUGGAUGGACGACUACGAGUUCUAUCAGGGCGCCCAGGACGGGGCGACUAAGCAGGGCACACCGGAUCCUUCGUUACCCGCCUCAAAGGUUCCAUGCAACGGCUGCGGCGCAGAUCUGCAUUGCUCGAAUGCCUCUCUGCCCGGCUAUAUACCAAGUGAAAUAUUCAGGGGAAGGACGCAGCAGGAACUGCAAACAAUUACCUGCAAGCGUUGUCACUUUCUGAACCACUACAACAUAGCACUCGAUGUGGAGGUGGCGCCAUCGACCUAUGUGGACACCAUAUCACGCAUUCAGGACAAAUUUGCACUGGCUAUUGUGCUGGUGGACCUGCUGGAUUUUCCCUGCUCCAUUUGGCCGGGCAUGCAAAACAUAUUGGGCGCAAAGCGUCCCGUCUUCCUGGUGGGCAACAAGGUCGAUCUGCUGCCGCGCGACUCCAACAUCUAUCUGCAGCAUAUUAAGGAUUCUCUGCAGCGCGAGUUCAUCAAGCAUGGCGGUGGAGAUGGGCUAAAUAUCAAGAAUGUCAGUUUGAUAUCCGCCAAAACGGGCUAUGGCAUCGAGGAGCUAAUAACGCAGCUGCACAAAACGUGGGCCUACAAAGGCGAUGUCUAUCUGGUGGGCUGCACCAAUGUGGGCAAGAGCUCGCUAUUCAACAUCCUGCUUAACUCGGACUACUGCCGGCCGGAAGCCAGUGACCUGGUGCGCAAGGCCACCACCUGUCCCUGGCCGGGCACCACACUCAAACUGCUGCGGUUUCCGAUCCUGCGUCCAUCAAGCGAUCGAGUCUACCAGCGCUUCCAGAGAUUGGUUUCGGAGCGCAGCGAGAAGGCGGCAAUAGAAAAGGAGCGUCGCGCAGUGGCAAGGGAAACGGGUUCAGCGGCAGCUGCUCAACCAGUGGCGCCGGUUGGACGCACCUUCGAUCGGCGCGAGAGUGUCAAUGAUGCAUUUGCCAUGGCCGGUGGUUCUCGUCCGAUUACAACGCUAAACGAUCGGCACAAGGAUUACAAGGAAGCGCGUUGGGUCUACGACACACCGGGUGUGAUGCAGCCCGACCAAAUAUCUCCACUUCUCACCGCCGAGGAGCUGGUAAAGUUGCAGCCCGCCACCAUGAUCCGACCGCGCGCCUUUCGCCUGCGGCCCCAGAUGAGCAUCCUGCUGGGCGGUCUGGCCAGAUUGGAUCUGCUGGAAAUAACAAGCCCAAGGAAACACUUUGACUGGCUGAAGGUGUUUGUAUUUGCCUCAGAGCAUCUUCCUAUUAUGAUAGCUGAUACAGAGGCGGCGGACAGUGUGUACAAAAGAUACGUGGGUUCGCCCUUUCUGGGUGUUCCCUUCGCCAGCGAGGACUUGGAGGACCGCCUGCGACGCUGGCCGGGAUUGCAGUGCAAGGAUGGGGAUAUUGUUCUGGCAAGUCAAGGAAGGAACGAGGGGACGAGGCUUAACUGUGAUAUUACGCUCAGCUCUGCGGGCUGGAUGGGAUUCCUACUGCCGGGACACUCGGAGUGUCGUCUGCGGGCCUGGACACCACAGGCGGCAGGGAUUUACAGGCGUGAACCCGCUUUAAUACCUUUAGCCGAUCGAUUGGUUGGCAAGCACAUAAGGUAUUCCCUGGCCUACAACACCACAAAGCCCUUUGUUUACAAAAAAUAAAGAAUAACAAAUUGUUUAUAA